AUGGUCUUCCCUCCCGCCUGGUUGCCGCCUGAGUUUUGGAUCCCCAUCUCGACCACCCUUCCAAAUGCCGCUCCGCAGGGGGGCAAGGAGGCGGCCCACUCCAACGCCAUCCUCCACAGGCUGAUCAGCGAGGUGUUGGACGCCAGGGCCCCCAGCGUGGGCUCCGGCCUCGUCUCCCUGGUCACCUCCCGCGACGACAUUGAUGCCCUGCUGAAGUUGGAUGACGUGAUUGAUCUUGUCAUCCCCCGUGGCGGGAACGCCCUGGUGUCCCACAUCCAGCGCUCCACCCGCAUCCCAGUGCUGGGCCACGCCGACGGCAUCUGCCACGUGUACGUCGACGCCGAGGCCGACCCGGCCAAGGCGCUGGCCAUCGCCGUGGACUCCAAGGCCGACUACCCCGCCGCCUGCAAUGCGGCCGAGACCAUCCUGGUGCAUGCAUCGCUGGCCGACGGCCUGGCGCGGGAGCUGCUGGAGGCGCUGAAGGGCGCUGGCGUGGCCGUGCACGCCGGGCCGCGGGCCGCCGAGCGGUACGGGCUGGAAAGGGCGGCGUCGCUGCGCCACGAAUACUCCUCGCUGGACGUCGGGUUUGAGCUGGUGGACGACCUGGCCGCCGCGAUCGACCACAUUCACGCCCACGGCAGCUCCCACACCGAGGUGGUGGUCACAGAGAACCAAGCGACUGCUGACACCUUCCUCCAGCUGGUGGACGCGGCGUGUGUGCACCACAACGCCUCCUCCCGCUUCUCGGACGGCUUUAGAUACGGCCUGGGCGCAGAGGUGGGCAUCAGUACGGGGCGGAUCCACGCCCGUGGACCCGUGGGCGUGGAGGGCCUGCUCACCACCAAGUUUGUGCUCAGGGGCACGGGCCAGGUCGUGAACAAGGACCAGGGCGUCAAGUACACCCAUGUCGCACGCGACCCCCAAAAAUUGGCAUGA